UUGUAUAGACUAAGCAAUAACACGGACAUAAUCAUCAAGCCCACAGAUAAAGGCGGAGCUACGGUCAUCAUGAAUACAAAGGACUAUGUAAAAGAGGCUAAACGGCAACUAGACAAUGAAGUAUAUUACAAGAGAGUAGGAAGAGAUCUCACUCUUGAACACGAACAGCUCAUAAACCAGUGCUUAGACUCACUUAUGGACGAUGGGGAAUUAGAAGAAGAAGUAGCUAAACUCGUAAGACCAGCACAAUCAAGAACUCCUAUAUUCUAUAUGCUCCCCAAAAUACACAAAGUUAACAAUCCAGGGAGACCAGUAGUAUCCUCCGUAAACAGCCACACGGAGAAGCUAUCAGCUUAUGUGGACGAGUUUUUGAGACCUAUAGCAGAAAAGCUACCGUCAUACAUACAAGAUACCACACACUUCAUUAAGCGAAUACGGGCUUUGGGAAAGUUACCCGAAAAGUGUUACUUAGCAACACUGGACGUAUCAAGCCUAUAUACGAAUAUAGACACAGACGAAGGACUCACUAUUGUGGAGGAAGAGCUGGGCAAAACAAACCAGAAUAAGCCAUCACCGAAAACAUUAUCGUGUCUCCUCGAGAAGGUUCUCAAACUCAACAAUUUUACCUUUGGCAAUGAACACUACAUUCAAAUCAAAGGAACAGCCAUGGGAACCAGUGUCGCACCCAACUUUGCAAACGUAUACAUGGGAAGACUUGAAGAAAGAUUCGUGUACCAUAUUAUUCUCUGGGUACGCUUUAUAGAUGAUAUAUUCCUUAUCUGGAAAAGUGAUCAAGACUCUUUGAUUAAUUUCAUAAAUUACCUUAACAGUGUAGCAUCCUAAAUCAAGUUUACACACGAAAUCUCUGCACAUUCAGUGAAUUUCCUUGAUACGACCGUUCUAAAGGAUAAUCAAGGCAACAUUGGUACAGAUGUUUAUCAGAAACCAACUGAUACUCAUCCAUACCUCCAUUGGACAUCAGCACAUCCACCUCAUCUGAAACGGAGCAUCCCAUACAGUCAAGCCUUGAGGUUGAGGCGAAUAUGCUCUUCAACAGACACAUUGAAGAAACGAAUCCUGGAAUAUUCAGAUUUCGUUGUAGCGUGUGGUUAUGCACAACGCAAAGUUCUCCACGAAAUGCAGAAAGUGCUAACAUUGACUCAAGAGGAAUGUUUACAGACCAAAGAACGUGAACCAACAGACCGAAUUCCUCUGGUUACUACAUUCAACACCCAUACCACUUUUAUUGCAGAAAUUGCUAAACGAAAUUGGAACUUUCUCCAAUCAAAAGAAAGAUUAUCACUCAUUUUCAACAAGCCACCUUUAGUCGCCUACCGACGACCGAAAAGUCUACGAGACAGACUUGUGCGUUCAAGAUUUGUAAAUGAAACACCUCAAAAUUUUAUACCAAAGGGAUGUAGAGCAUGUGAAAGAACGGUGUGUAGUUGGUGUAAAAAGAUCAACCAGACCACAACUUUCACCAGUCCCAAUAACAACAAGACCUUUACCAUAUUUCGUACAAUGGACUGCCAAUCGUCAUGGAUCAUUUACAUAAUCGAGUGCAACAUUUGCAAACUUCAAUACAUUGGCAAAAGCGAAACGGCAUUUAACCUACGGUUAAACAAUCAUAGAAACAAUAUUAAAAAGGGAGUGAGUAGCUGUGAACUCACUGAACACUUUUUACAUAACAAACGAACUCACGACUUUGACAAUAAUGCUACCAUAACCAUUAUAGAGCAAAUCAGAAAAGAUCAUUUAGAGACUGACAAAAAGAAAGAAGUUCUUAGAGAAAGAGAGAUUUUCUGGCAAAGAAAAUUAAACUCCAUUCAGCCGUAUGGACUAAACAAAAGAACUGGAUAA